UUAGAUUAAAAUCAUGUUAGUCCACUUAAAAACGCAUGUGUGAUGUUAAAGUAUAAUAUAAACUUCUUCAAAGACUUAUGAAAAAUAAUAUCAAAUUCAGUUUUUCACAUAAAUUCUGUGCCUCCGUAGUUGCGCUACGAGACUUGAAUUUAUUUUUUUUUUCCUAUUUGGUACAAAUAAAUUUUACAGGUAAACUUAUUGACUUAAUUAUACAAAUGGAAGGCAAAUCAGAACAAAGUUGUGAAGUUAUAUCAAGUAAGAAUAAAAUUGAGACCUUGGAUGACUCUACAACACCUGACAUUGCAAACUUGGAAAUAAAAUCUCGAUUGUCUCAAGAUACUGAUGAUUUUAAUGAAGAACCUCGUAUUAAUGGUUUACAUCAAAUAAAUGGUAUUUGUAAUUCUCAAAAAAAAAAUCUCAUAGAUCAUAAUUCGUCAAUUGUAUCACAAAUUACAGAGACUAGUCAUUUAAAAGAAUCAGAUAAAAAGGAAACACCUUGUACAGACAGUAAAGAUAGUAAAGACAAUGAAAUAGAGUAUGUUAGUUAUACAAGUGAACUUCAAAUGCCAGAUAUUAUGAAAUUAAUUCAGAAAGAUCUCAGUGAACCAUAUUCUAUUUACACAUAUAGAUACUUUAUUCAUAAUUGGCCCAAACUCUGUUUUUUGGCAAUGCAUGGCAAAGAAUGCGUUGGCGCAAUUGUAUGUAAGCUUGACAUCCAUAGAAAAGUAAUAAGACGUGGUUACAUUGCAAUGUUAGCUGUUGAUAAAAAGUAUAGACAGCGUAAAAUAGGUUCCAAUCUAGUAAGAAAAGCCAUUCGGGCGAUGGUAGAGGAUGAUGCUGACGAAGUAGUCUUGGAGACUGAAAUAACCAACCGACCUGCAUUACGACUUUAUGAAAAUCUUGGUUUCGUACGGGAUAAAAGACUAUUUCGUUACUAUCUUAAUGGCGUAGAUGCAUUAAGGCUUAAACUUUGGCUUAGAUGAAAUUUAUUUGCGUGUUCAUGUCAAUAGGAAGUAAAAAUAAAAUUAACGGCCAUUGAUUACUCACUUUUUGUCGGAAUUAACGACUUUCUUUAUCAAACAAAGGCUCAGUAAUGUGACAUUUAAUUUUAAAAAAAAUUAUUGUCUUUGAAAAAGUGGAUUAUGUUUUAGUGGACUUUACAGAUUUUUCUGGUCAGCUUUUAAAAGUCGCCAAAUCUUGUAUGACUAAUUAUAGCAUAAAUUUCAAUUAUUCUGAAAAAAAGUAAAUAACAAAACAGUGCCGUUAUGGUUAAAAUAUUCAUUGAAAAGUGAUAAUUGACUUGAUAUUAAUUUUGGUCGUGUGUACAGAAAAUAAUCAAAUACAAUUUCAACUGAGUAUAAAUCGAAACAAAAAAAAAAAUUAUCGUAAAAUAAUAAUUAUAAUAUUUACAUCAAGAGAGUCUAAUCCAUUAUAAUGGCAAUAAAAGCCAAAAUAAAAAUUAAUAAAUGACAAAACAAAAUAAUCAUCUUUUCUUCUAUCUCUACGAAACUACACUGCAAUAUUAUACAAUCUAUCUAUCAUAAUCUCGGAAAAUAUUAUCAUUUGUGAUAUAAAAAUAGUUUUACGGCAACCUGUUUUAUUAUUAAAUUCAAAAUGUGAAAUAUU